GUGUGGGCGGAUCACAUCAACCUUGCGGUCAAGUUGGGUCGUAACCGUGAAUAUGUUUCAGUGGUCGUAACGCAUUGGAAAGAGAGCUAGCGAUGUGAUAAAUUGGCAGUUAGAUAGCUUAUUAUCGCUGUAUUCUUGGGAAAUCCAGGGAUCCUUUACCAGGAGUGGGUUGGUGAUAACUGCUCAGCUGGUCGGCAACUACUGUGUGUGGUGGUCAAUGUAACGGAAAGCACUAACAACUCAUCUAGAAUCAGCAUGGGCCAGGACCGGGGGAAGUAUGAUUUCUACAUCGGCCUGGGGCUAGCCAUCAGCUCCAGCAUCUUCAUAGGGGGCAGUUUUAUCCUGAAGAAGAAAGGACUCCUCCGUCUGGCCAGGAAGGGACAGUGUAGAGCAGGUCAAGGCGGUCAUGCAUAUCUAAAGGAGUGGCUGUGGUGGGCAGGCUUAUUGUCAAUGGCGGCUGGAGAAGGGGCUAACUUUGCGGCGUACGCCUUUGCCCCGGCUACCCUGGUGACCCCCCUGGGAGCGCUGAGUGUGCUGGUCAGCGCGGUGCUGUCCUCAUACUUCCUGACAGAGCGUCUGAACCUGCACGGUAAGCUGGGCUGUCUGCUCAGCAUUCUGGGUUCUACCACCAUGGUGAUCCACGCACCCAAGGAGGAGGAAAUCAGCAGCCUGAAGCACAUGGCUGCCAAACUGGUGGACCCAGGUUUUGUGCUGUUUGCCACGUUCGUCAUCAUCAUAGCCCUCAUCUUCAUCUUCGUGGUAGGCCCUCGCCACGGCCAGACCAACAUCAUGGUCUACAUCACCAUCUGCUCUGUGAUUGGCGCAUUGUCGGUCUCCUGCGUCAAGGGGCUGGGCAUCGCCAUCAAAGAGGCCAUCGCCGGGAGGUCAGUGGCGGGCAACCCGCUGGCCUGGGUGCUGCUGCUGGGACUGAUAGCGUGCGUCUCCACCCAGAUCAACUACCUGAACAAGGCUUUGGACAUCUUCAACACCUCCCUGGUCACGCCCAUCUACUACGUGUUCUUCACCACCUCGGUGCUCUCCUGCUCCGCCAUCCUCUUCAAGGAGUGGGAGCACAUGGGCACCGAUGACAUCAUCGGGACUCUGAGCGGCUUCCUGACCAUCAUCGUGGGCAUCUUCCUGCUCCACGCCUUCAAAGACCUCAACGUCAGCCUGUCCACGCUGGCAGUGUCAAUCAGGAAGGAGGCCCGGCCCGGCCCGGCGGCCAAUGGCGCGGCGGCCCACGGCUCCUACGAACUUCUGCAGAGUGACUCGACAGAUGUGGACAUGCCGUUCGACAGCCUGUCCAGGAGGAACGGGGCUCUGACAGCGUCUUAGAGCCUGCUGCGGUCCACGUUGGCGUAAAACUACGUCUCCCUUACACUCUGCUGCAGUGGACAUUUUGUUGCAUUUGUUUGGAAAUCUUAAGACAAUCAACUCUUUAGAGAAAAGUGAUUUGGAUGGACCAACCGAUUGUACUUUGAUUUUAUUUGCCUUAUUCUUCUUUCAAAGACUUGACUACAUGGUAUAUAGCCUAAGCUUCAUCUCAUUCCCAUAUAGUGGUCAGUGUAAAUAACAUACUAGUAGAUUUUUAACUGUUGUUAUACUUUCUGUACAGAGAUCUGUAUAUAAACAUGCACUGAGUUUCUUUCUACAAAUCAA